UCCAGCUCCUAACCCGUACCAAAACGGAAUAAUUAAGAAAAUUGACAACAAGGCGGUCCAAAGGUGAAACACUGAUGCAACCAUUGCUUGCCUAGAGAAUUCUUCCCAGCAACUGGAAACUGUACUUGGAAACCCCCAGAUCAGGGGACCUGCGAGGUCUUUUGAUUUUUGGAAAAGUUCUUUGGGUAGAGGCAAAGAGCAGUGUAUUGACGGCGGUGACUGGGUACUUGCUCGUGUCCCUCUGCGCUGCCAAAUCAUCGCCUGUUCAUACAUCGCUUCGGAGACCUUGUUGCUCACUGGCGGCCGGCUGAUCGCCAGGUAGGACGCCAGAGAAUUAUCGAUGCCUCACAUCAGCUGUUGAUCUCCCGCCGUCCGCCGGAUAAUGUAACCGAGACGACGAUGGGAGCCAACCAUUCUCAUAAGACACCGGUGAACGAGAACGAGGACGUGAACUUUGACCACUUCCAGAUCUUAAGAGCAAUUGGCAAGGGCAGCUUUGGAAAGGUAUGCAUUGUACAGAAGAAAGACUCGAAGAAGAUGUAUGCUAUGAAAUACAUGAACAAACAGCAGUGUGUGGAACGUAAUGAAGUGCGGAAUGUUUUCAAAGAGUUGAGGGUUAUGCAGGGUCUGGAGCACCCCUUUCUUGUCAAUUUAUGGUAUUCCUUUCAAGAUGAGGAGGACAUGUUCAUGGUGGUGGACCUCCUACUCGGUGGAGACCUUCGUUAUCACCUACAACAGAAUGUUCACUUUACGGAGGAAACGGUGAAACUUUAUAUCUGCGAGCUGGCUCUGGCACUGGAUUACCUGCAGAACAGGCACAUCAUUCACAGGGACAUAAAGCCUGACAACAUUCUUCUUGAUGAUUGUGGGCAUGUGCACGUCACAGACUUCAACAUUGCAGCAAUAGUGAAGGAGGAGAAAGAAAUCACCUCGAUUGCAGGCACGAAGCCAUACAUGGCUCCUGAAAUAUUCCACCCAUUUGUAAAUGGAUGUACUGGCUAUCACUUUGCCGUGGAUUGGUGGUCUCUUGGAAUCACUGCCUAUGAGCUCCUCAAAGGACAUAGACCAUAUGAAAUCCGUUCCAGCACCUCUGUUCAUGAAGCCCUUCAUAUGUUCAAAUCUGUCAGCAUAAAAUAUCCUUCUUCCUGGUCCACUGGAUUGGUGUCAUUGCUUCAGAAGUUGAUUGCAGUCAGUUCGACCCAACGCUUUUCCAGCCUGGCCGAUAUGCAGCAGUCUCCUUAUUUGGCAGAUGUAGAAUGGGAUGCUGUCCUGGAGAAGAAGCUCACAGCAGGAUUCAUUCCUAGUAAAGGACAGCUAAACUGUGACCCUACAUUUGAACUUGAAGAAAUGAUUCUCGAGUCGAAGCCCCUUCACAAGAAGAAAAAACGCCUGGCUAAAAAAUCAAAAGAAAAUAGAAAAGACAGUUCAUCACUGAACCAACACCUACAGCAACAUCUGGACACAGUGCAAAAGGAAUUUAUUGUGUUUAACAGAGAGAGACCCAAACGGAAUCCAGGCCAAGUACUGGCUAAGUGUACUGACAAAGAAGAGCUUCACACAGAAAACAAUGAUGGGAUGAACAAUAACAUUAUAACAUCAACUUAUACACAGCCAUGUUAGGUUUAGCACUGGAAGUGGGACACAUCUAGCAUCUUCCACACUAGAUAAGGAAGUGCAUAGUCCAUCUUUUCAUAGUACAUGUCAAUUCUCUUCAUUAAACAGAUAUUGUCCUAGCUGGAGUCAUGGCUCAGUGACGAAAUGCGCCGUGUAAUGUAGCUCUGAACAAUAGUCUUGAAGGUUUCUUCCCUGGUGUAUGCUGAGUAAGCUGAUCUUUGCUGCAGUAGAAACAAGGGUAAAGGUAAGGGUAUUGGAAAACUACCAGAAACCUAACAAAGUAGGGCCCCACUUCCUAGCAUCUGAUGGAAUUCAAAUGAAAAGAAGCAGAAUGGCAGAAAUGUCUCCCGUAGUUGCCUUAACAUGCCGGUAGUAACUGUCAAGGCUAAUACUUAGACUGGCCAACAGGCAAGUUCCCAGUGUACCCCCACUAUAUCCACAGCUGUAUCAAGAAUAGAGUGAGCUGGGGAUAACAUUGGAGAAUCAUUGAGAAAGGAUUCAGUCUUUUUGGUUUGAAACAAGAGAUGAAUUUCACCUCCUUAUUCCUGGAAUGCUUUCCAAAUGCCCCUUUAAUAAGUGAUAGUGUCAUAGAAUGAUGUAGGAGUGAGACAGGCCUUUUGACCAACCUAAGUUAUAUAUCAGCAGAGUGACAGAACAGAUCAAAGAAAUGAAAUCUGAUUAAUUCAGCACCAGCCUCAAUCAUUUGGGUUCCCUAGUUAUCUCUGUAGAGCUGCUUGUGAAUUCAUUUCAGAACAGUGAAAACCUAUGACCCAGAAUACCCCAGCCACCCAGCACCUUAAAGAAAAUGUUUAACCACUAACUGCUACUCUUCUAGGGUUUGUUGAACUCCAUACUAGAUCCCACUUUAGUAGUGUUGGCUUCACGUUUUGACCAAUCAGUAGAGAAAUAAUUUUCUAAGUUUCUGGCUGAUGCUUAUAACUUGUGGUUCUCAAUA